AUGUCGACUCUUCAGAUUAUUCUCCGCAACAAUACGUCGUCGCCCACGGUGUACGCCCACAUCACCGGCACGACUGAUAAUGGCCUGUUUCUACUAAACGCCGACGGGCAGACUGCCUAUCACCCUGCGUCGCCUGCGAGCGGCGCCACCAUGCAGCCUCUUGGAGCCGACUGCGCCAUCAACCUGGGCGGGCCAGGUGCGAGUAGGACGGUUACCAUCCCCUUGGUAUACGGUGGUCGCAUUUGGUUCUCCAAGGAGAAGCCUCUCAACUUUUUCUUGAACCCUGGACCUUCGCUGGUCGAGCCGUCGCCCACGAACACCGGCGAUGCCAACUAUGACCUGGACUGGGGCUUCUGCGAGUUCACUUACAACACCAGCCAGUUGUACAUCAACGUCUCGUAUGUCGACUUUGUCAGUUUGCCCGUCUCUUUCAGCCUAGAGAACCAGUCUGGCCAGGUUCGCAAGGUUGCUGGUAUGCCCUCGGACGGUCUGGAUAGAGUAUGCCAGGGUCUCGAGGCCCAAGGCGGUGCGGACCACGCUGGCUGGGAGAAGCUGGUUAUCAAGUCAACCAGAGGCACCAACCUGCGCGCUCUAAGCCCUAAUGCCGGCGCUGUUCUCAUUCCCGGUCUAUUCAAUGGAUACUACCAGAGCUACGUGGACGCUGUAUGGGCCAAGUAUGCCAAUGAGGACUUGACGGUCAACACGCAAUUUACCUGGGGCGACGUCAAGGGCCGCACCAAGGGCGACCAGAUUGUGUUUGAAGGUGUAGGAGGGUUCAGUAAGCCGUCGGCGCUAGACAUUUUCUCGUGCAACUCGGGCCCAUUCGGUCAUGGCCAAGGCGUGUCUGAGGAGAUGCUCAACAUUGGCGCGCGCAUCUCGGCAGCGCUCAACCGGUCAACGCUGCUGACCAACUCUGUGCAACCCGAGGGUGAGAAGGUCGCGACGUAUUACCAGAACGCUGUGACGAACCACUACAGCCGAAUUUGCCAUGAAGUCGUGGUCGCGGGCAAGGGCUACGCUUUUCCCUACGACGAUGUUGGUGCGAGCAACAGCGAGGACCAAUCUGGCUUCCUUAACGACCCUGCGCCAAAGGUGCUGACUGUUGCUGUUGGAUCGCCUCUCUAA